AUGCUUAACGCGGGCAGUCAACAACAAUCUUGUCAAGCGCUCGGAUUCUAUGAUGGUACACUUACAUUUCGUUAUCAUAUGGAUUUCCAUGCUGUGAAUGAUUGGAAAGCAUUUGGACAAGAGUUCCGUCGAACUUUACGUACCACUCUGAACGUGUCAGACUCAGCAAUACAGAUUCUUGGUGCGGUCUCUGGUAGUAUUACAGUUAUCGUUGCGGCAACAGUUUCGAUUAUUACCGCGCUUGCAAACUCUGGUAUAGACGUAACCGCAAUGACUAUUAUGAUUACAACAGUGGCUGGAGCGGGAACAGGUGCCGCAAUCGGCAGUGCAGUUGGGCCAAUAGGCACUGCAGUGGGUGGUGGCAUUGGAGCUGCUGUUGGUUGGGUCACCGGCUAUUUUGCGACCAAAAAAUAA